AUGGACGCAGGAUCCGAACUCACCUUCGUCACGGAGAAUCUCAUUCGGCAGCUCAACAUCCCUCAUCAAUACUCAGGUAUGGGCGUCAAUGGAAUUGCAGGCAAGGAGUGUACUCGGACACGAGGAGUCGUGUCGCUCACGUUGCGCUCGACACAUUCCAACGCACCUGCCACAAUUCAAGCUCAUGUCCUCCGGACAGUUACAUCAAUCUUACCAUCUUUCGAGGCGGAACCGGAAGAAUGGCCGCAUCUCAGGACCUUGGCACUAGCCGAUCCAGACUGUCUCAUCCCGCGGCCUGUUGACAUCCUCAUCGGCGCAGACGCUUACGGGCAAAUCAUCAAGCCCAAUAUCAUUAGGCAUUCUCCACUCAUGCCGAUAGCGCAACUCUCUAUGUUCGGAUGGCUCGUUCUUGGACCAAUCAACAGAGAAGCAAGACGCACAUCAACGCAUCAUGCUGCUACUCAAUUCAACGAGGAUGCUCUUAAUGAGUUAUUGACGAAAUUUUGGAAUCAAGAGGAGGUGCCUACUCACGAUGUCACUCAGCUCACUCCUAACGAGCAGAGGUGCGAGAAGCACUUCAAUACUACACACUCUCGUGAUUCUUCAGAGAGGUACAUCAGGAUUCUACUCAAGUCACCAAACGAUCUUUUGGGUGACACUCAACCACAUGACGAAGGCAUCAUCUCCAGUCAUCGCUCACACUUUCACCUGACACAUCACGGUGUUCUCAAGCCGGACAGGAUUACAACGAAACUGCGGGUGGUUCUUAAUGGCUCUAGCGCAUCCACAUCAGGCUACUCUGUCAACGACCUCAUGUACACUGGAGCAAAAUUACAUCUGAACAUCUCAGAGGUUCUACCAUGGAGACGUAGACAUCGUCACAUGUUCGCUACGGACAUCACCAAAAUGGACAGAGAUUCAGACUCACAAGGAUGA